AUGGCGAACUCAGGACAACGCACACAGCAGGUCCCCCAGCAUGUCACCGCACUGCUCUCGCACCUCACCUCGCGCCCGGGCGUGCAAUCCACCUUGAUUCUCUCCCGCAAAGACGGAUCUAUCAUCCAAAGCGCAGGACAGCUAGCACAGAUCGAAGAAAACGGAAGCUCUCGUACCGCACAAAUUACACCAUCCACAACUGACCCGAACCCUCUCUCCGCCGCCCAGCCCACAGACCCAUCCCCUACCUCGCCCACCGUGUCACAGCCCUACCAACCCUCGCAAGCCGAGACACUAGCUGCCCACAUAUUCGCUUAUGUCUCCAGUGCCGAGGCGCUUGGUGUCUCGUUAUCGCGACCCACGCCCACUGUGCAACGACCCAGCGACAGCCACUGGGAUGUUAACUAUGACCACGGGAACGAGACGGGCACGGCACAUGAGGAAGACCGAGACGGUGAGGGUGUCGAUCGAGACGAGGAUGGGGAAGUGAAGCUGCUUCGGAUGCGCACAAAGAAACAUGAGAUCGUCGUCGUGCCAGAUCGGAAGUACCUUCUUUGUGUCGUACAUGAUGCCUCCCCAAGUGGAGGCCCUGGGGCAGCGGGCUCACGCUCCCGGUAG